ACAAGACGAAGCGACAGCAGAGUUGUAUCACGUGCACGAGGAAACGGAUGCAGCUUGUUAUUUGUACCGAGUCGUGCUAAUUGGUAGUUUUGGUGCUUUUUAAAAAAUCUUUGGGGACUUUUUCAGUUCUUUCCUAGUAUUUAUAGUUAUUUAUCUCCUGGAUUGCUAAUGUAGUUUAUAUUUUAGUUAGAGAGAGAGAGAGAUACUUGCUGUGCUUCUGUAUUUAUUUUAUUAUUUUUUUUUUUAAAAAUGAUGCAUCGUAGAAAUGAAUGAACCCGUGGAAAUAGUUGAUAAACAGAAGUGGAGCUUUGAAGACCUACAUCUAAAUGAUGAAUCUGUGUCUGGCAUGAUGGAGUUCCUCAGUAUUGAUGUGGAUCUGAGCUCUGGCUCGUCAAACAGAGAGGAAACAUUAUGCUCUAAAAAUGUGAUGCGAAAGCAGCGGAACUGGGAGAGGAGACUGGAGGCAAAAAAGAGCAAGAGGAAAGAGGAAAAACAGAGAAGGAAACAGAACCAGCAAGAUAAAGCAGAUGUGUCUCAGUUCAGUAAACGUGUCAUCAAGGCUAUCACAAGAGAACGUCUGGAGGAGGCAAGAGCAGCUGGACCAAGACUGUGUGUGGAUCUGAGCAUGACCGACUGCAUGUCGCACAAAGAAAUCAGUCGUCUCGCCAGUCAAAUCAGACGUCUCUAUGGGUCCAAUAGGAAAGCCAUGCAGCCGUUUCACCUCUUCCUCACAGACAUGAAAGAAGACAGUCUGCUUUAUAAAGAGUGCAUCAGAAUGAAUGAAGGCUUCCUGAACUACUUGAUUGAUGUCACUGAAGAGAGUUGGAUUGAGCUCUUUCCUUGUGAGGACAUAAUUUAUUUAACUCCAGAUGCAAGUGAAGCUUUAGAGGAAGUAAAUGGAGACAAGGUCUACAUUCUUGGAGGCCUGGUUGAUGAGAGCAUUCAAAAGAAACGGACCUACACCAGGGCGAAAGAGCUCGGCGUGCAGAUGAUGAGACUACCCAUUGAUGAGUACAUGAUGAAAAGACCAAACCCCAAGAAUUUUCACUCAAAAAUCCUAGCUAUCAACCAAGUAUUUGAAAUCCUGCUGACUUAUCGUGACACUGGAAGCUGGAGCAAAGCCCUCAGUGCUGGAGUUCCCACAGGAAAGGGAUACAUCGUGUCUUCUGAAGCAGAGUUGGAUUUUCCAUGAUGACCAAUAACCUGUAUACCUAAGGAUGACAAUUUAGACAGACAUCUCACAGGCCUUUGAGAGAGAAUUGAGAACUGAUUCUGCACUGAUCUGGCUGUUUUAAUGUGAAUUUAAAAUGUUAAUUAACGCUCAUCACUGACCAAGUGUUAAAGCACUGACCGGAUUAAGAUAUUAACACAGUUGUGCCUGCUGUUCUUCUGGGAACAUUAUUGAUGUCACUAAGCAUGACAUCCUUUGGUUUUUGCAUUUCUGUCUUUAAACAAUCAUUUUAAUUAACUUAGGUCAUGGAAUAAACUUAAACAAUUACUCAAUUCAGAUGCUAUUAGUUUGCUCUUAGAACUGCAGCUCUUCACCAGGAUAUAAUCUAUUUGUAAUUUAAUUUAUAGUAUUUAUCCAAAACACACUAAUAUAUUUUAUUACAAUUAAAGUUCUUUGUAGAGUUUA